CAGGCCCGAAUAAACCACGCACAGUUUCUAAUGCAGUUUCCAUCUCUCCUCUGGCAAUAUCUUCUCCUCUGCAAAAGCAAAAAAUAAAAUCUCUUCUCCACUUCUUCUGAAAGUUUAUUUUCCUUUUUUUGUUUGAAGAUAGCUGCAAAUGUAAUCAAUGAAAUCUUCAAUUUUCAGAGAAAAGAGAUCUUCAAUUUACUUUAAUUUAAAUUGGUUUCCAGUUAUGGCUAUUUCUUCCAGUAGGCAUCUCUCCGCGCAGGCUCUGCAGCGAGCAAAAUGGAAAUAGUUAUUGGCAUUUGCUUCUCUGAUUUGAGAAGAGAAAUAAUGGUUCAGCAGGUACGAACAUGUGUAUAUACAUACCAACAUCUUUACGUUCUUAAUUUCCCACCGCCUGUUUUUUACUCUCUUUUAUUUUCAUCUACCAUCCAAAAUUUUGAUGGCUGAUUUUCAUCUUCCUUCUGUGGGUUUUGAUACUAGCUCUGCUAGUACCGAAACUUACCGAUUUUUUCUGAACGAGUGUUGGGAUAUCGUUACUGGUUCGGAGCACUUGGGGAUGCGCGUUUUGCACCCCGAAACUCCCCUUCCUUCUGAUUUGAACAAUUUUUUUCUUAUCAAUUUGUCAAACGGCGAGACUCAGUUGAACCGUGAGAUUAGUUUGACUCUAGUAGCUCGAAAGAGUGAUCUGUAUUUGGUCGGCUUCAAAAGCCAAUUCAUUGUGUGGUUUUUUAAUGACGUGUCUCGAGCUAUCAUGGAGAGCAUCUUCCCUCAAAAUGACGGGGCUGGUAUUUUGUACCAAUGCCUUCCCUUCACUGCUUCAUAUAUCCAUCUUGAAGGCAGAGGGAAAAUUACAUUGGGUAGAACAACAUUUGAUCUAGGAAUAGGUAGAAUGCAUACUUCUAUUUCUCAACUUUUUUAUCUCCACACAACAGAUCAAGCAAGAGAUUGUAUAGUUUCGAAAGCGAUUUUGAACUACGUCCAGAUGAUCUGCGAGCCACUCAGGCUCAAAAAGUUAUGUGGCAAAAUCGAAAGCGUUGCCCAACCUACUGAGGAUGGGGUUUAUCGCACGUGCAAACCAAGCGCCUAUGAUGUUAGUUGCCAGAAUAACUGGGGCACCAUGUCGGAUAGGGCGCACGAGCAGAGCAACUUAACCGAUACAUUCAGGCCACAGAUUUUGAUGGACGGGAAUGAGGAGAUAGACGGGUGCCUAUGUCUGGACAAUGCUGGAGAAAUAAAAAAUGUUGUCAACUGUCUCAAAUCUAAGAAUCCUGGAUCUGGUGGCAGAAAAAUUAAAACUGGUGGGAAAGCUAAAUAUUUCGACCAUGUGCUACCGCCGGCGGGUUUUCUUCGAACGCCGGGAUGCACCAGGCUUUUGACCGAUGAUGUUGCUUUCAAUCGGCCGGUGAUGGGGCUACCAUGUGCGAAGGGAGGGAUGGCCGCGGUGAGACUGCUGACCGAAGUUGCAGAAGGCUAG